CGUGAAAACGUUCACUACUCUUUAAUUGAAGGCCAUUAAUAGAAUUAUCCGUACACAAGAAGAAGCAUUUUUUAUCAGUGCAGCUUAGAAGCAACAAUGGCAUCGACAAAUAAUGCGAGUCACGAUGUAGACAGAAGCUCGGGUGCAGGUCGUCCCUCGACCGUGGACCACCGCACUGUACCACCCCUGGGCAUGACAGGCCAAGAAUUCCAGAAAGCAGGCCUCUCCGUGAUCAACGAGAUUGAAAAAUACUAUUCCGAAAUCUCAACCAGAGAUGUUCUGCCGUCAAUCGAGCCCGGCUACCUCCGGAAACUGCUCCCCACCUCGCCACCCCAACACGGCGAAGCAUGGCCCGAGAUCGAAAAGGACAUCGAACGGGCCAUCAUGCCCGGAAUCACACACUGGCAGAGCCCCAAGUUCAUGGCCUUCUUCUCCGCCAGCAGCACGUACCCGGGCAUGCUAGGCGAGCUGUGGAGCGCGGCUCUGACCGCGCCGGCAUUCAACUGGAUCUGCUCGCCGGCCGUCACGGAGCUCGAAACGAUUGUUCUGGACUGGCUGGCACAGGCGCUGGCGCUGCCGGAGAUUUUCCAUUCUCACGGGACCGGCGGAGGUGUCAUCCAGGGCUCGGCGAGCGAGGCGAUCGUCACUGUGGUGGUGGCUGCGCGAGAACGCUAUGUUCGACGACAGAUUGAGAGGGAGGGAGUCGUGGACGCGGAUGCGAUUGAGGAUCGAUCGUGUGAGAUUCGAGCGAAGUUGGUGGCCUUGUGCUCGGACCAGGCGCAUUCGUCUACGCACAAGGCGGCCAAUAUUGCGGGCACGCGGAUCAGGAAGCUGAGCACGCGGCGUGAAGACGCCUAUGCAUUGAAGGGAGGAGUUUUGCGUAAGAAAAUUGAGGAGCUCAUAUCACAAGGUCUAUUCCCAUACUACUUAACUGUCAGCAUCGGCGCGACGAGCACUUGUGCGGUGGACGAUCUUGUUGAGAUUGCCGGUGUGGCCAAGGACUAUCCUGACAUCUGGAUUCACUGCGAUGCAGCUUACGCGGGAGCAGCACUGGUGCUGCCCGAAUACCAACACCUCUCCAAGCAGUUGGCAUUCUUGGACUCGUUCGAUAUGAAUAUGCAUAAAUGGCUGUUGACAAAUUUCGACGCGUCAUGUUUGUACGUGCGAAAACGACGAGAUCUGACGGACACGCUCGGGAUGACUCCAGCAUAUCUCAAGAAUCAGUUCACGGACAGCGGCUUGGUGACAGACUACCGCGACUGGCAGAUACCGCUUGGCCGUCGAUUCCGUGCCCUGAAAAUUUGGUUCGUGAUGCGAACGUGGGGUGUUGCAGGCUUGCAGGAGCAUAUCCGACAUCACAUCGCAUUGGGAAAAUUGUUUGCUGAUCUUGUGCGGUCAAGAAGCGACAUCUUCAGCAUCUUGUCUCCGCCAGAUUUUGCGUUAACUGUCUUGACCGUCGUGCCGCGGAAUGCAGGACGCCCUGAGAACACCAAAGCCGCAGAUGGAGGUGACCCACGACCUGACCAAGACAGUGAAGUUUCUGUGCAGCCUUUGGUGGACGACGCCAACAUCAAGGCCGCCAACGAUGUGACGGAGAAGGUCUACAAUAUCAUCGACUCAAGCCGGGAAUACUUCUUAACUUCCACUCUUGUUGGGGGAGUAUAUGCAAUUCGUGUUGUGUCCGCUAAUCCUUUGGCAGAAGAGAAAUAUGUUCGGGAUGUAUACGAGAAGCUUGUGCAAGCUGCCGAGAAGGUACUAGAUGAAGUAUGAUAGAUGGGUGUACAGAAAAUUCUCGUCAGUCUGAAGUGAAUCAGAUAGUGGCCUUCGCUAGAAUGCUCGUUCUGUUAAUUGAGCAUCGAU